GCCGCCGCGGCCGAGGCUCCUGGCGCGGGCGCGGGCAUGGAGCGCUCGCAGAGCCGCCUCAGCCUGUCCGCCUCCUUCGAGGCGCUCGCCAUCUACUUCCCGUGCAUGAACUCCUUCGACGAUGAGGACGCAGCAGACAGCCGGAGGCUGAAGGGUGCCAUUCAGAGGAGCACAGAGACAGGACUGGCCGUGGAGAUGCCCAGCCGGACACUGCGCCAAGCCAGCCAUGAGUCCAUCGAGGACAGCAUGAAUAGCUAUGGCUCGGAGGGCAAUCUUAACUAUGGAGGUGUUUGCCUGGCUUCAGAUGCCCAGUUCAGUGACUUCUUGGGGAGCAUGGGACCAGCACAGUUUGUGGGCCGCCAGACCCUGGCUACCACACCCAUGGGGGACGUGGAGAUUGGCUUGCAAGAGCGGAAUGGCCAGCUGGAGGUGGACAUCAUCCAGGCCCGGGGACUGACUGCCAAGCCAGGCUCCAAGACACUGCCAGCUGCCUAUAUCAAGGCCUAUCUGCUGGAGAAUGGUGUCUGCAUUGCCAAGAAGAAGACCAAAGUGGCCCGCAAGUCACUGGACCCGCUGUACAACCAGGUGCUGCUGUUUCCUGAGAGUCCCCAGGGCAAAGUCCUGCAGGUGAUUGUGUGGGGGAACUACGGGAGGAUGGAGCGGAAGCAGUUCAUGGGUGUGGCCCGAGUGCUGCUGGAGGAACUGGACUUGACCACCCUGGCUGUGGGCUGGUACAAGCUCUUCCCCACCUCCUCCAUGGUGGACCCAGCCACAGGUCCUCUGCUCCGGCAGGCAUCCCAGCUGUCCCUUGAGAGCACCGUGGGGCCCUGUGGCGAGCGAUCUUAAUGCCAGGAAUGGGGAGGGGCUCCCCGAGAUGGCCUGGAGACCACCCAGCCCUGACCUGGGACCCCAGGCCCAGGGCCACAUUGGACAUUGGAGGAUGGGGUGCUUCCCCACAGUGGGGAAGCAGGAUGGGGAGACCUGCCCCCCUUGGGCCCCUCCUCACUCCUUCACCUCCUACCCCUGAGACCUUCCCUCUCCCAGUGGGUUGGCUACACUUUUGACUUGGCCGGUUUUGACCUGGUGGAUGCGGCUACAGUCAGAGAAGGACUGAGGUGGCGGAGCAAACUACUCUCCCGCACCCGCCCCCACCCCACCUAUCACCCCUUUUGCCUCCUUGGAAGCUCGCUGCCCAGAGCCAAGUCCAGAACCAAGCCGGCCAUCUCCAUGGUGCCAAUUACCAGCAAGUGUCUUUCCUGCGGCACCGGGUUCAGGCAGCUACUCUUGCCCCAGAGCUGACGGGGCAGUUUGCAAGGAUCCGGAGCCAGCUCCCGGGGGGCCAGAGCUCCCCACUUGAAGGGGAGUGUGGGUCUCCCUCUGCCUGCCCGUGGAAGGAGCUUUGCCGCAGCCUGUCUGAGUCCAUCCAUCCAUCCCUCCUGCCUGCCCCUCUGCUGUAAGCUCUAGGAAUUGGGGGCCAGCAGAGAUCUGAGGAAAGGAGGAGGUGUCCGAGGCCCGGCACAGAUCCCCAGGGGCCCUUGCUCUGUGGGAUUGCAUCAAGCUGGUCUGGAGCUCUUGGUGGACUGGAAAGGACAUAGUCAUCUGUGAGAUGGUGGAGGACUGUGGGGACCUGAGUUUCCAGAGUCCUGCGCACAGGGCUCUCUUCGUAUGCAGGGGUAGUGGGAGCCGAGCUUUGAAGAAAGCUGGAUUAAGUUUAAUGGCACCAAGGUAAGGGUUUCCCAAACAGGAGAACCCCUCCUUAUUGGAUGAGAUCAAAGGUCAUCUUGUUUCCUUCUGCCUCUGGUCUAGGGUCUUGGGGAGGCAUUAGAACCCCUCCCAUUUUAGUCUUUUUAAAUAAACCAUCCUGUAUGAAGGGCAGAAGCCACUGCCCCGGCCUCAUCGCCACCCACGGCUCCAGGAGGUCCAGCGGGAGGGAUGCAGAGCUAGCGUGUAAGAAUUUGAGGCUCCGAUGAGGCCUGGGUAGCUGCCUUCCUGUGGCCCUCCCUAGGGCCUGCAGGAGCCCUUUUGCAUGCUGAGGGAGGACACAGUCUGGUCCCUGUAGAAGCACAUUUCUAUCACUCUCCUGGGAGCCGCCCAGCAGCUCCUCACCUCGCCUCUGCUGUGUAGGGUGUAGUCCGGGUUAGCUGGGUAGUUAGUGUUCACCCGAGGCUGCUCUUAGCUCAGAUGUAGUCUUUUUUCAAGCCCCAGGCUGGGGGUAGAGGGGAGACCCCAGUUACAUUCCAGAAGAUUGAAGCCUCUCUCUCUAGCCUGGGCUGGGUGGGCUGCCUGGCUCCCCAAAGACCAGCCCUCCCACCUUCUCCUCCCUGCCUUCCUCUCUCCUCCCGAACAGGGUUGUAGCCCUAACUGUCCAGUAUACUCGGCAUUCGAGGGAAAUACCCUUGGUAUUGACUUUCUUUAGGAUGCACACCUGAGGAUUGCUGGGCCUUGUAGAGGGGCCUGGACUCCAUUAGAGGGUGCCAUUUUCCACUGAGGAUGCCAGGGCUCUGUUGAAUCCCACCUUGUUCCUGGUUCCUCUGCCAGGGAUUCCUACCCCUUGGAAAUUCUCCCCAUUCCCUGACUGGCUAAGCUCUGAGCGCCCUUAGGGUUCUGGUCCAGUUUAUCACGUCCAUAUGGAGCUGUUGACACUGCACAGGGAGAGAAGGGGCUGGACACAGGCCCCUCUUCUGCAAUUGGUCUUCAGGGUGUCCUUGGGACCGCGGAGGGGCAGGCCCUCGGAACAAGGGAGCAGGGCUCUGGAUGGGCUCCCAUUUGAGGCCCACAGUUAGCCAUCACCCCAUUUUUUUCAACCAGUGUGAUAUCUCUGCAGUUAGGUUAUUACUCACUGUUUGGAAUAUUUUGAGCCAGGAGAGCAUCUUCUCUCUCCAGCUGUCACUGCUGUGGUUGUUCAAGAUGGGACAGAGCCUGGCUGUCAGAACCAGAGGAGGAAAGGCUCAGCUCUGGUUUGUCUGAGAGAGAGAGAGAGAGAGAGAGAGAGAGAGAGAGAGAGAGAGAGAGAGAACACGCACAGGAGCACAAAGCCCCAAAGCAAUAACAACACCCGGGGCGGUCAGUGAGGCCCCCCAGGGAUUUUCUUGUUUGUUCCGUGACAUCCCACUCACCUCCUGGAGGGGUGGAGUGGGGGGCUGGAGCCCCUAUUUCUUUGUGUCAUUGUAAGCGUGUGCCCCACUUCCAAGGGACUGUGACCACUGGGUGUGGAGACCAUAUUUGUCCUCACCGAGGACUGGACGGGCUUUGGGGAGGGAGAGGGAUCUUCAUCCUUAGCUUUAGGGAUUAUCCAGCCCAGCCUGUCCCCACUGCUGUCUGUCCCUGGUCAACUCAAAUCUACCACCUGAAGAGGAGUAAGAGGGUGGAGUUGGGGGGCCUCUCUGGUGCUGGGUCUCUAGGGGUGUUUCUUUAUUUCUCUGAACAGAGGCCACGCAUAGGACAGCCCUGUAAAGGGCCAUCUCCAUUUUCCUUUCCCAGAAUGCCUCUGCAUUCUGAAGGGCCUGUGGAUCUUUAGUCCAUUUGCAUUUUGCAAAAAAAAGAUAAAAAGAUACCAAGGCCCUGCCUGAGGAGAGUCAUCCUGGGGCCAUUGAUAUGCCCAGCGGCCCUUCUACCUAGAUCUCCUCUUCAUAUCUCGUGCUGAGCUGGAGCCAGGGCAGGAUGAAGGGGGACUGCUGAGUCUCAUCCUUUUUACUUUUCUUUGGAGCCUGCCUCCUGGUGGCUCCAAAUUAUGGCAGGACAAGCUGUAGCCAAUCCGAGAGGUUAGGAAACCCAGGCCCCAGCAGGAAGUCAUUUGGUUAAGGCCUCUCAGCAAUAUGCAUGGGGGGCGGGGGGACGACAGAGCUGGGAGCUACAGCAGCGGACCGGACCAGCGCUUGCUCUGGGGACAGGUCGUCAGCCACCAUCAUCAUUUCAAGCUUCUAAGCACAGGUGGCACUGCCCUCUUGACUCUCUCUCUCUCUCUUCUGGGCUAGCACCUUUUUCUAAGCUUGAAUUGGGAGAAGAGGAGGUGCCAGGGUGGCUGGGAUCCCCUGGGCAGUCUCCCCAGUGAUCCUGAGCUGAAAGAUUUGCCCUAGGCCUUUUGUUCUGCGGGUCCAGCUGGCAGUGGGUGGCAAACACAAGCUCCCACCUGGGUGUAUAGAGUGGGAACUCCGGGGGAAGGUCCCACCGUCAGAAGAAAUAGCAUCCCUUCUCAUAGCACUUCCCAGUGUGUCCCCAGUGACUUGACUCUGACCCUCACAAGAGCCCCCGAUAGUGAGUGGAGGGAGGCUUAUGUUGUCAGCCCCAUUUUCAGGAGGGGGAGAGGGAGGACCCGAGAGGGAAGUGCCGACUUUGACAGCGGCUGAGCACCUGCUCAUUCUCCGGUGGUCCACAGCACAGGCGUGCAAGCACAUAGUUGAGGUAGUUAAAGCUUUUCACAAGCGAUUCACCACUGGGUUCCUUAAGGCAGGAGAUUCUGGAGCAGUUUGAGGUUCAGAAACAGCACAGCACCCCACACUCUCCCAAGGCACAGCUGUUGCACCAGGCAAGGUCACCUGCAUUUAUUUAUUGAGCAACAGCACUACUCUGGGCCCAGAGCCUUGAACCCCCUUCCUGUCCCUUGCGAUGGCUCUCUUGGCCCUCCAAGAGGGCCUGGGUCUGUGGAACAGGCCCUUGGUGGAUGGAGAGUUUCUACAAGCUUUCCUGGCAAGCUCCAAGGGUGUUUCAUCUCAGCAAGAGAGCCUGUGUGGGCUAGGUGGAGGCUGGGAGCAGACGGAGGUGUUUCCUCUGAGCCCCUUGUGUCCUCCCCACAAGGUGGCAGGAAGGUGGGACCCCAGAGUCCGUGGGCUGGGAGCCUCCCUCCAUCUACCCACCUCUCCCUGUGUCCUCUUGGAGGGCGGGUUUGGGGGGCCUCUGAGUUGGAGUGGGUCACGUUGCAUUGUGUUCAUGACCACAUAGCUCAUGUUGGAAAUUAAAGUUUUUGCUUUUCUA